GCGGGUGAGGUGAAAGCCAGCGCCAUGGUGGAGAAGGAAGAGGCCGGCGGCGGCGGCGGCGGCGGCGGCAUCAGCGAGGAGGAGGCGGCGCAGUAUGACCGGCAGAUCCGCCUGUGGGGGCUGGAGGCCCAGAAGCGGCUUCGAGCUUCCCGGGUGCUGAUUGUCGGCAUGAAAGGACUUGGGGCUGAAAUUGCCAAGAAUCUUAUCCUGGCAGGAGUGAAAGGACUGACCAUGCUGGAUCACGAGCAGGUAUCUCCAGAAGACCCUGGAGCUCAGUUCUUGAUUCGGACUGGGUCUGUGGGCCGAAAUAGGGCUGAGGCCUCUUUGGAACGUGCCCAGAAUCUCAACCCCAUGGUGGAUGUAAAGGUGGACACUGAAGAUACAGAGAAGAAGCCGGAGGCAUUCUUCACUCAGUUUGAUGCGGUGUGCCUGACUUGCUGUUCCAGGGAUGUCAUUGUUAAAGUUGACCAGAUCUGUCACAGAAACAGCAUCAAGUUCUUCACAGGAGAUGUCUUUGGGUAUCAUGGGUACACCUUUGCAAAUCUUGGAGAGCAUGAGUUUGUAGAAGAGAAAACCAAAGUUGCCAAAGUUGGUCAAGGAGUAGAAGAUGGACCUGAUACCAAGAGAGCAAAACUUGAUUCAUCUGAGACAACCAUGGUCAAAAAGAAAGUGCUUUUCUGCCCUGUAAAAGAGGCGCUGGAAGUGGAUUGGAGUGGAGAGAAAGCCAAAGCCGCCUUGAAGCGCACAGCCCCGGACUACUUUCUGCUGCAAGUGCUGCUGAAAUUCCGCACAGAUAAAGGGAGAGAUCCCAGUUCUGAGAGCUACAGUGAGGAUGCUGAACUGCUGCUGCAGAUACGAAAUGAUGUGCUUGACUCACUGGGCGUCAGUCCUGACCUGCUUCCCGAUGACUUUGUCAGGUACUGCUUCUCUGAGAUGGCCCCAGUGUGUGCUGUGGUUGGAGGGAUCUUGGCACAGGAAAUUGUGAAGGCCCUGUCUCAGCGGGACCCUCCUCACAACAACUUCUUCUUUUUCGAUGGCAUGAAGGGGAGUGGAAUUGUGGAGUGCCUGGGUCCCAAGUGAGGCUGAGGUAUGGCAGCCCAGAGGUGUGUACGUGCCUGCUCUAAGCCCACUUGUCACCUGCCAGCUUCCCAAGAAGGCAUGUCUGAAUGACAAAAGAUUUUUCUAAAGCAAGUAGGCCGGACUGUGUCCUGCUUCUGUCCUAGCAAGUGUCAGGGACCUGCUGGUUCUGGAGUAUGACUAUCACCUAGCACCCCUCUGGCACUGCUCACUUACGCUGUCAUUGGAGACGGAGUUCCUAGCAAGAGCAGCAUGCUUCAUCAUGCUUCAUGAUGUCAGAGCUGCUUGCAACCUUUUGGACUAAACCCUUUCUCUAACAGAACGGGGCGGGGCUUCAGCAGGGGUAUGAGGCCCAGAGCCUUUGAACCCCAGUGGAA